AUGCGCGCAUUCAACGAAUGGAUCGCCCAUUCACUGGGCUAUGAGUGGAUCCAUUUCAAUGCUACUGUUCGGGAGGCGGAAGAACUCUUCCAAACUGAGUAUCACGCAUACACAUUUGGGCUAGAGACUCGCAGCACUGUUGGCUGUGACGAGUACAAAGUACCCAGCCAUCUCGUGAGACAUAUUGAUUUUAUCCAUCCUGGUGUCGCCCUCGUUGGGAAUAUGAAGAAAGAGCCCAUGAAACGAAGUAUACUGCCAGGGCAGCGGGUCUCUGCACGCGAUGCCCUCGAUGAACGAGCAGAUGUUGGCCCUUGCACAGACUUGGACCUCAUCCCCCAACCUGCAUUUAAUGUCUCUACAAUGCUUGACGAUGACUAUUAUACCACCUAUGGGUGUGAAAUUUACUGGGGCAUGUUUCAGAGCUGGCUGAAUGCUAUUGACGGCUCAUAUUGUGAUUACACAGCUUUUGGAGAGACAGGAAAUGACCCCGAGAUCGACCCAACAUAUCCUGACAAUCACGAAAACCCUGGUGAUCCCGAUGACGGAAUCCCUGAGGGAUGGUACAGAGGAUCCCCUCAAUGCGGAACAACAAAAAGCACAAACGUGUACUCUAUAUCAUAUGGGUGGGAUGAACAGCUGCUCCCAUACAACUACAUGCACCGGCAGUGCAAUGAAUUUAUGAAACUGUCGCUCAUGGGGACCACGAUUGUCGCAUCUACAGCAGAUCUUGGGUCAGCACCAUCCAACAUCUGUGACCCCAGUCUUGAGGAAGUCGGUCUUAAUGCUCAGGGCUUGGCGUCUGUGGGAGGCUUUUCCUGGAAUUACUCUCGCCCUGCCUAUCAAGACGAAGUUGUCCAGGCCUACUUGGAUAACCAUCAGGACCUCGAUCGCGACCGUUUCAACAGCCAGGGCCGUGGCUUUCCCGAUGUCAGCGCCCUGGGAUGGAAUGUCCUCAACGUCUUCGGCGCUGAGAAAGAGAUUGUAUCUCAAGGCGGAACCAGCGCGUCGACGCCGAUAGUUGCAGCUUUGAUCAAUCGCAUCAACGACGAAAGGCUCAAAGCGGGGAAAUCGACUCUGGGAUUUGUGAAUCCAGUCAUUUAUAAGAAUCCACAGAUGUUUGAUGAUGUGACAAAGGGAAACACGUCGAUACGCGAUUCUGUGGCAUGA